AUGAAGAGUUUUUAUGUUGAGGCCAUGAUCACCACCGACCCCUUCAUCAUUAGGGAAUCACCUGAGAAUGAGAAUGAAAAUGAAAAUCAUCACGUUCAAAUCAAUGCAGCAUUUCUCCAUCCACAGACCAAUGGGAAUUUCUCAACAACUGGUGAAGCAAGAAAACGAGACCAGAGAACACAAGGGUUUCUC